GUCCACUCUGCUCCACAUGCCUUACUGAGGUCUCGUCUUCUUUCUAAUGCAAAGCUGCAUUGACGCUCCCAGUUCCUGUUUGCUCAGCCUGUGGGAUCCAGUUUCUCUGCCUACGAUCGGCCCUCACUGAGGAGGUUUUCCAGUGCCUGCGUGCUGCUCAUAUCUGCCCUGUUUCACUCUCUAAACAGGGUGCCGAAUAAGAGGAAGACAUGUGCUGCGGUUCAAAUCUCAUUUCAAAAUGGAGUCCAUUACAGACCUGCUCUCUUCUGCAUCAGCACGUGGAGAGCUGGAAAAAGUGCUGAGUUUGCUGCAAGCUGGAGUCGAUGUUAACGGAAAGAAUAAGUUUGGGAGAACUGCUCUGCAGGUGGCGAUGCUGGGGAAAACCAAUCUCGUCCCGGCCCUCCUCGAGGCAGGAGCCGAGCCCAAUGCGCGCGACGACGUCCUGAAGCUCACCGUUGUCCACGACGCCGCGCGAGACGGUUUCCUGGAGGCCGUGCGCGCGCUGGCAGAUCACGGGGCGGAUGUGAAUCUCACGGACGAAAUCGGCAACUUGCCGCUGCAUCUGGCCGCGAAGGAGGGGCAGCUGGAGGUGGUGAAGCUGCUCCUGGAGCUCACCGAGGACCCCCGGAGGCCCAACGACCAGGGGCGCACUGCUCUACAGCUGGCACGAGACUUCCACCAUGAGAAGACUGCUGACUUCAUCGAGCAGUACUUGCUUUCCUGUGAGUGACGCGAGGAAAGAUGUCUUUGUUGUUAAUGCUUGUAAUCUUCAGAUGAAUAGCAUUUUAAAUCAAAGAGGUGUAUAUUACAGUGUAAUUCUCACAUUAAGUUUAAAUAAAAU